AUGCCGGGCAGGCUCCGCCCGCUGCAGCGUAGGCAGUGGGCGGCGCUCGCCAGGGAUUACGAGAAGCCGGUGUCGCCGGAGCGGAGCGGGGUCGCCCGGCCGAAGGGGCCACCGCUUCGGUCCUCAGGCGCCCGCCUCGGCAGGAGCCGCCAUGCGAGGGCUGUUGCCUCUUCUCUGGCGGCCUCUCCGGAGAACUGCGGCCACGGGACCUCCGGGGCUGGGCAGGCUAUGCAGCGGCGCCUCGACGGCUUCCGGAAAGAGCGACGCGGCCACUCAGGUAACCGGCGCUGGGUCCCCCGCCCCGGGCUGCUUCAGGGCGGCGGUGACGCCUUGCUCCUCGUUCUCCUCCUCGGCCCCGACCGCGCCGCGAGAGGAAGAGCGGGCAGAGGCCAUUCAAACGUGCGGCGGGACCUCUUGGAAACAAGUUUGUGUGCAGUCGGCCGCCAUCCACCUGUAGUGGACUUUCCCAAGAUUGAGGCAAUUAUUUUGUUUGGCGAACCAGUGAGAUGGGAGACAAACCUGCAGUUGAUAAUAGAUGUUCUUUUGACAAGCGGCUAUCCUGGGAAUCCAUAUCCUCAGGGGACUUACCCACAUACUCCUGUGCUGGCCUGUAAUAUGGAUCUGAUGUGGGCAGCUGAAGCUCAUUCUCCACGAUUCGGGCAUGGAACAUUCAUGGUCUGUCUGGAAAACAUUUACAAAAAGAUUACUGGCAAAGAGCUGAAAUACGAGGCUUUGAUGGGAAAGCCCAGUGAACUGACCUAUCACUAUGCAGAACGCUUGAUCAGGACCCAGGCAGCUGCAAAGCACUGGAGAAAACCUAUUCAGACGCUGUAUGCGGUCGGGGAUAACCUAAUGACAGAUAUUUAUGGUGCUAAUCUUUACAAUCGCUACCUUGAAGAGAAGAGCUCUAGAAGAGGUCCCAAGGCGCGCAUCCAGGCUAAAGCUGCAGGUGGCACAAACUCUGCCACUGUCUCUCAGGAAGACGAUCUUGAGAACACUUGGGAAAGUGAACUAGCCUCUGCCACUGCCACAAACUGUAGAUCCGUCCUUGUUUGCACUGGAGUCUUCAGUCCUCAUACAGGGGUGCCCUCGGAUACAAGGGGGAUUAUAACUGAGACUGCGUUUCAUGGGCAUCGAGAUUUCAGGUUUGAUCCUGCUUUAGUGGAACCAGACCACAUUGUGCCAGAUGUUGAUGCUGCUGUUGACCUAAUCUUCCAUCUGGAGAAUUUUGCGCCAAGUGGAAAUUGAGAACUUCCUGAUUACUUGUUUGACAUUUAACAUUUUUCUCCUUAUGAAAAACCAACAGGGGCACUUAGUAUCACCUAUUCCUUAAUGUGUGUUCGUCUUUCUGUGCAGCGCUUCUAAUACACUCCUAUUUGUUCUAACAGCAUUUCCUUUAAUAUCUUAAUUUCUGCACUCUGACUUUCUUUAGUAUCCGAUAAUUUGUUAUGAAUUGUACUUUCUGUAUAUAUUUCUACCUUCACUGUCUAGCCUAGUGGGUUCAGUCCAGGGCUCUGAGUAGCAAAGAGGUGCACCCAAUGUGUUCAGAGUCUGAACAUGUGCAGCACCUGUGCUUUGGAAACACGCACUGUUUCUAUGUCGAUGCAAAGCUCUGUUCUUCAGGGAUCGCAGCAUGCCCCUCUGCAGUAUCCUCCUCAUUCUUGCUGCCAUUCGUAUAUUCCCCUGGACUCCCUGUCUGUCCUGCUGCUUCCUUAUGGAAAGAUGAUCCAGAGCACUGGGAGGUGCAGUCCAGGGGUACUGUCCAUUAACCCGGCAUGUCAAGCCACCUUUGCUAAGUUGGAAGGAUGUGGGCCUGCAGCCAGGUGGGUGAGCACAUGCAGAAGUGGAGCAAGGGGUUGAUGGCCCCUUCCAAAGGCCCCCUGAUGGCCUUAUUAGGCCCCUUCCAACUAUUCUAUCUAUUCCUAUUCUAUUCUAUUCUAUUCUAUUCAAGUUGCAUUUGUGAUGCUCCCUUGUAGAUUUCCAUUUGUGCUCCACUAGCUGAGUUUAUAACCAAACUGACGGAUCCCACAGAGGUGCCCUUGAGUAUCAUCCACCAAAUGUAGGUUUGUUCAAAAACCUAUGCUUUGAAGUGGGUGGGCAGGAACAGAUAGAAGUUGCUCAAAUCCCACUUACUUGUGAAAGCUUUUUGGAAGAGUUUCUGUUAGACUUUGCGCCUCAUCUAACUGAAUUCUUCAUGAAGUCUUAAAUCUUACACUGAAGAUUUAUUCAUUCCUGUGUGUCUCUUGCUUUGGAUUGCAGAAUGUCCAACAUCUGUUUGAGUUGUUGGUUUUAGCCUAAGUCCAAACUGCAAUUGCACACUUGAUCAAGCCUGCCAGGAAGUACCCCCUCCCUCUCCCCCUCCUCUAAUUAUCGCUUUUGUUUUUAAGGGUUAUAUAUCUCGUGCACGUAAAUUUUACUUAAUGAAUUUCUCCAUUUUAUGAAACAUGUUGUUUGAUUCAAAGAAUCAUGCCCAGUAAAAAAAAAUAAUCCUUUUUAAAGGACUCCCAUAGAUCUUUGGUCAGUAUGUUUCAGUAUGUAUCGUGAAUGAUAAAGCAUUUUAUAUGCUUUAUCAUUCACGAUAGCCAGACUUUCAAAUAUUGGAUCAGUAAAGAUGGAUGAUGGUGAUUCUUGUGCACCUCCCUAACUUUGAAUUUGGAAUUCAUAGUUUAAAAUAUCCUGGGUACUACAAAAGUAGAGUUUUAAAUAAGUGAGAAUUCUGCCCAGAGCCAGAUACAAACAAAUUUUGUUAGAAACAAAUUUUUAGCCACUUGCCCAUAUGAUCAUAAGACCAGUAAUAAGAAAUAUAGAAAGCUGAAGUGUGUGGUUUUUAAAAGUGAUAGCUGUGCAAAAUCCGCUCUAACACAUGUUGGUCUAACCCAGGGGUCGGCAGCCUUUAACACUCAAAGAGCCAUUUGGGCCCGUUUCCCACACAAAAGAAAACACUGGGAGCCACAAAACCCUUUUGACAUCUAAAAUGAAGAUGACACUGCAUAUAUCG